CUCUCUCGGUCGCCCCCUUCCCUUGCCCCCUUCAUUCUUGUCCCGGAAGUGCGUCACCGCCUCGCUCUCUCCUCCCUCCGCCACCGCCGCCGCCGCCGCCGCCACUUCGAGUCGAAACAAAACAAGCGGCGGCCGCGGCGGCGCCGGGCGGGGGGGGGGAGGGACGGGACGAAGGAGGCGUAGAGAGCGGGGAGACCGGAAACGGAACCGACGCCGACGCCGGAACAGGAACCGAGAGCGGGUUGCCAAGGGGCCCAGAGAGCCGAGUGCAGGGCUGGCGGCGGCGGCGGCCUCGGUCAUUUGUUCCUCACUGGAAAGUUUGGCCACAGAGAGUCGCCAAGAUAGCUGGGCCAGGAAGAAAACGUCGAACCCCUGACCCAGACUCCAUCACUGACCCCGGUGGAUUCUGGGUGUCAAGCAAGCGGCUCAAGAUGUCCGGAGGGGCUAGUGCCACAGGCCAGCGAAGAUGCCCCCAGGGGCUGGAGGAUGCCACCAACAAGAAGAAGCAGAAGGAUCGUGUGAACCAAGAGAGCAAGGAUGGGGAGCCCAAGAGAGGGCCUGCCCUAGGGUUGAAACCAUAUACCCUUCAAGAGGAGCAGGAAUUCAAGGAAGAACUACUGCUAGAUUGGAAGCAAAAUGCAGAUGAAGUGAUUGUAAAGCUGCAUGUGGGGUCAGGGCCUUUGCGGAUAGAAGAAGAAGAUGUGACCUUCACUGAUACAGACUGUGUGGUGCAGUUACCAGAUGGCCGGCAGUGGAGCUGCAUCUUUUAUGAGGAGAUCGAAAGUUCCUGCAGCAAGAUUCAGGCCCGAAAGGGUGGUGUCCUACAGUUGUUAUUGCAUAAGAAGAUUCCACUUCAGACCUGGCCUUCCCUUCUGAAAAAGAAGCCUGUAAGUCGGGAUUUGGGACUUGGGGUCCAUUGCAAAGAAAAUGGACAAGAGGUGUCCCCCAGUCUUCUAGAAUCUGGAUCUAGCCCAGAGCUCCAAAGAGAGAAACAAGAGCCACGAAAUCAGAAGCGAGCCCAGGGCCGAGGUGAAGCAGGCACAGGAACAGGUCCUGGAGCCCAAGCAGGGCCUAGUGCCAAGCGGGCAGUGCACCUCCGGGGUGUUCCUGAAGGGGAGGCCUCCAGGGGCAGCCCAGGUCCUCGAGGUGAUGGCUCUCCCUCUUUAGCAGAACCCACAGUUAAGCCUGUUUCAACAGAGCCUGAAGCAUCUGUUGGGGAGCCAGAGCAAUCAUCCUUGAUGGCCCAUUGUACUCAACAGUCCAGUCAGGAGGAAAAUCAAACCCCUUCUCUAGAGAAUCCCCUGGAAGGGGAGAAGAUGCCACCACACCAGAAUGAGAUGGCCUAUCCAGCCCUCUCCCAGGGUAGAGAAGAGGACCAGAAUGAGGAGGCAGCAGCAGCAACUUCAGAAGCUACACCUGAUGUCUGCACAGAGCCUAAGCCUGAGCCUGAACCUGAACCUGAGCCAGAGCCUGAGCCCAUGGUGAUACUGACAUUUGUGAAGAAUGACUCCUAUGAGAAGGGUCCAGAUUCGGUGGUUGUACAUGUUUAUGUAAAGGAGAUCUGCCGGAAGACUUCCCGAGUACUGUUUCGUGAACAGGACUUCACCUUGGUUUUCCAGACCAAUGAUAUGAACUUUCUGCGGCUGCACCCAGACUGCGGACCACAUACUAUCUUCCGAUGGCAGGUGAAGCUCAGGAAUAUGAUUCAGCCUGAACAGUGUGUGUAUCACUUCACAUCUUCUCGAAUCGACAUCUGCCUCAGGAAGCGGCAGAGUCAGCGCUGGGGGGGCCUUGAGGCCCCAGCCACACGAGGUGCAGUGGGUGGUGCAAAGGUUGCCAUGCCGACAGGCCCAACUCCCCUGGAUGCAGCCCCACCGGGUGGCUCCCCUCUGGCCAGCCAGGAAGAGACUCGAGUUGGGGAGAAGGAAAAGGUGAAGGCCCGGACUGAAGAAUCAGGGCUGGAUAGUGUGGCAGUCCGCACUCCACCAGAGCACGUGUCCCUGAAGCCAGAGCCCCCUCUCACAUCGCCCAAGCCCACAUGCAUGGUCCCUCCCAUGCCUCACAGCCCCAUGAGCAGUGAGAGUGUGGAAGAGGAGGAGGAAGAAGAGAAGAAGGUAUGCUUGCCUGGUUUCACAGGCCUUGUCAACUUGGGCAACACCUGCUUCAUGAACAGUGUCAUCCAGUCCCUGUCUAAUACACGAGAACUUCGAGACUACUUCCAUGAUCGUUCAUUUGAGGCAGAGAUAAACUACAGCAAUCCUUUAGGCACAGGUGGACGACUGGCCAUUGGCUUUGCAGUGUUGUUGCGAGCACUAUGGAAAGGCACCCACCAUGCCUUCCAGCCUUCCAAGCUGAAGGCCAUUGUGGCAAGCAAGGCCAACCAGUUCACUGGCUAUGCUCAGCAUGAUGCCCAGGAGUUCAUGGCCUUCUUGUUGGAUGGACUGCAUGAGGACUUGAACCGAAUCCAGAAUAAACCCUAUACGGAGACUGUAGAUUCUGAUGGACGUCCUGAUGAGGUGGUUGCUCAGGAGGCAUGGCAACGGCACAAAAUGAGGAAUGACUCGUUCAUUGUCGAUCUGUUCCAAGGACAAUACAAGUCAAAACUGGUGUGCCCUGUGUGUUCCAAGCUCUCCAUCACCUUCGACCCAUUCCUGUACCUGCCUGUACCCCUGCCUCAGAAGCAGAAAGUGCUCACUGUGUACUACUUUGCCAAGGAGCCACACAAGAAGCCUGUCAAGUUCCUGGUGAGCAUCAGUAAGGAGAACUCCAGUGCUAUGGAGGUGCUUGACUCCCUGGCCCAAAGUGUUCACGUGAAGCCCGAAAGCCUUCGACUGGCUGAGGUGAUUAAGAACCGAUUUCACCGUGUAUUCCUGCCAUCACAUUCACUAGACACUGUCUCUCCUACUGAUCUGCUCCUUUGCUUCGAAGUGCUGUCCCCAGAACUGGCCAAGGAGCGGGUGGUAGUCCUUCAGGUGCAGCAGCGUCCUCAGGUACCCAGUGUCCCCAUUGCCAAGUGUGCUGCCUGCCAGAAGAAGCAGCAAUCUGAGGACGAGAAAUUGAAGCGUUGUACCCGAUGUUACCGUGUUGGCUACUGCAACCAGGUUUGUCAAAAGACUCAUUGGCCAGAUCACAAAGGCCUGUGCCGUCCAGAGAAUAUUGGCUUCCCCUUCUUCAUCAGUGUCCCUGAAUCCCGUCUCACUUAUGCUCGUCUGGCUCAGCUCCUUGAGGGUUAUGCUCGGUAUUCUGUGAGUGUGUUCCAGCCACCCUUCCAACUAGGCCGUGUAUCCCCAGAACAGAGCCCUCAGGUGCUAAGCAGCUCUACGCCCCCUGUGCCAAGCACUUUGGAAGCAGGGGAUGGGGAUCGGGACUUAAGACCCUCACCAGAAUCCCAGGUGUCCCCUACAGUGGCUGAGCUUGGUGACACAGGUUCCUCAAGGAGCCGGGCACCCUCUGAUCGGAAUGCUGUGCCCAGUCUUGACACAGGCCUCUCAGAGUCGACAGUCAGCAUACCUGGUGAAGGAGGAUUUUCCAAAGACACUGUUGGGGAGAGGUUGCUCAGGCCUGAAGCUGCUGUCCCAGGCUACCAGCACUCAGCUGAUGUCUUAAGCGCCCAUCCACCCCCAUUUUUUAUCAACAAAAUUGAUUCUACCAACAAGGAGCAAAAGCUAGAAGACAAAGGUGAAACCCCCUUGGAGCUGAGUGAUGACUGCAGCCUGGCUUUGGUUUGGAAGAACAACGAAAGGCUGAAGGAGUUUGUGCUCGUUGGCUCCAAAGAACUCGAGUGUGUCGAGGACCCCAGCUCAGCCAGUGAGGCAGCCAGGGCUGGCCACUUUACUCUGGAACAGUGUCUCAAUCUCUUCACUAAGCCAGAGGUGUUAGCCCCAGAAGAAGCCUGGUACUGUCCCAAGUGUAAGCAACACAGGGAGGCAUCCAAGCAGCUGAUGCUGUGGCGCCUUCCAAAUGUGUUCAUUAUCCAGCUAAAGCGCUUCUCCUUCCGAAGCUUCAUCUGGAGGGAUAAAAUCAAUGACAUGGUGGAAUUCCCUGUCAGGAACCUGGACUUGAGCAAGUUUUGCAUAGGCCAGAAGGAUGACCGGCAACUUCCAACUUAUGACCUGUAUGCAGUCAUCAACCACUAUGGGGGCAUGAUAGGAGGCCACUACACUGCUUAUGCCCGCCUACCUAGUGACAAGAACAGCCAGCGGAGUGACGUGGGCUGGAGACUAUUUGAUGAUAGCACAGUGACCAUAGUAGAUGAAAGCCAGGUAGUGACCCGCUAUGCCUAUGUCCUCUUCUACCGUCGACGAAACUCUCCUGUAGAGAGGCCCCCAAGGGCUCCUUCCACUGACCACCACCCUGAUCUGGGGCCAGCUACUGAGGCGGCCACCAGCCAGGCUGAGCCUUCUGGGGUUGACAUCCUUCAGCCUCAUGGAACUCAGCCUCCAGGAGAAGUUGCCUCAGUCCACAGUCCCUGAAGCCAGAGCUCUAAGGAAUAGGGAUGCUGUGAUCAUGGGAGACCUUGGGCUUUCUCCCUCUCCCUCUCAGUGAGGGGAUCUCUCUGAGCUUUGUCUGGAAUGGGAAGCACCAGCCUUCUGCCCAUACCCACCACCUCUGCCAUCCAUCGACACAUUGCCACUUCUGACAGCAUGUGGGUAUAGUGGGCAUAACCCAUCCUUCAACUCGAUCCGUCAACUCUGCUCUCCAUCUCUUCCCACACUGGGCUGGGCCCCAUGGGGAUGCCAAGGGACCAUCCCCUUUCAUCAAGCCUGGCACGUAGGAGAAGCUCCUGAUGUGGGCAGAACAAGAACUCUACCUGAAGAGACCAGUAAUAGGCCAAGGCCAUUGGAGCCUUGGCCUAUAGGGAAAAGAAAACUAUGCUGCGAUUGGCUAAGCCCUACAAGUGCAUGGGGCAGAGCUGGACUGUGAUUGGCUGACCAAGUUAUCUGGGUCAGGGAAGAAAAGCUGUGCAGUGUUGGGAUGUCUUCUGUGAGCAAGACUCCUUUCAUCCGGAGGAGAACUGGCCAGUGAUUUGCUGGAUCCUCUAUGAUCCCGGGGGCUAGAAAACUGAACUCUAAGUGAGACACAUUGUGCCGGAAAAAGUCAUGCCAGAAAUGCUCUGUGCCCCCUUGAAAUUGACCUCAGAUGAUCACUACAGUUGGCUACCAUCUACUUUCUGACUGCUUGACCCCAAGACUGCAGGUGGACAGCCCCAGCAUCCAUUCCUGGGGUGGCCAGGGUGGGGCUCAGGGCUUUGGGGGGUGGGGGCACCAUGGGCCACAUCCCAUCCUGUCCUGUCUUCCCGCUCCCUGGUGCUGACUCAAGUUUCCGCACACCGCAGGCUUCCCGGAUCUGGCAGGAACUGGAAGCAGAGGAAGAGCUGGGGCCAGAGGCCUCAGGACGUCUGGGCCACUGGGGGCCUCGAGGCUGGGCAGCCCCACCGAGGCGGGCCCCUGACGCACCAGAUGAGGGCUGUCUCCGCUACUUCGUCCUAGGCACCAUGGCUGCCCUGGUGGCACUCGUCCUCAAUGUAUUCUAUCCACUGGUGUCCCAAAGCAGAUGGAGAUGAGUUGCCUGCUUAUAGGCUGGCCCCUCUGGGGAGUGGAUUUGGACCCCCACUGUGGACUUAGGGCCCUGGCUGUGUUCAUCACACUUUGUCUCAGGGCUGCCUGCCAGCCUUCCCCAAGGAGAGAAUAGGCUUCUGCCCAGCCAAUUCCUCAUGUCUUAGAUCCUGAGCUAUGUCCCUGGGCCACCUGCCUGUUUGGCCCUACCUUUAGCCCUAGGCCAUAAGCAUAAUCCUGAGGUUACAGGGAUCCCAUUCUCCCUUCUUGCCUUCCAUCUAUGAGGCCCAGCCCCAGGUCCUUCUUUCCCUUUCCAUGAUCCCAAUUCCCAAGCUACUUAAUUUAAUGUACUAAUUAAUUUAUUGUAUUUAAUGUGUCAAUAAAGUGAAAUUGUUCCCAG